AUGGAGCGAUCCCCGGGGAAACUGAGUUUGGACUUCCAGGUGCAGGAGGAGGACACAGGGGAGCCACCGAGCAGAUGCCACAGGUGUCGCGUCCCCGUCGGUCUCACCUGCCCAGGUCGGACGGUCGCCCCGAGGACGCUUCGGAGAACCCGAAAGGAGGCACAGAUGGACUCGGUGGUCUUUGAGGACGUGGCUGUGAACUUCACCGCAGAGGAGUGGGCUUUGCUGGACCCGGCUCAGAGGAAACUCUACAGAGACGUGAUGCUGGAGACCUUCAGGAACCUGGCCUCCGUGGGAAACACUGGUCAGGAAACCUCAUAUUCUUUAGAGUGUAAGAAGUCUGGAAAAGCUCUCACUUGUCCCUCAUCUUUUCAGGAACAUGAGAGAGUUCAUUAUGGACAGAAAAUCCACGUGUGUGAAGUAUGUGGGAAAUCCUUCAGUUAUUAUUGCCAACUUGCACGGCAUGUGAGAACUCACACUGGAGAGAAACCCUAUGAAUGUAAAGAAUGUGGGAAAGCUUUCACUCGCAUCUCACACUUCCGAGAACAUGUGAGAAUGCACACUGGAGAGAAACCCUAUGAAUGUAAGCAGUGUGGCAAAGCUUUCAGUUGGUGCACUUACCUUCGAGAACACAUGAGAACACACAGUGGAGAAAAACCCUAUGAAUGUAAGCAGUGCGGCAAAGCCUUCCCCUAUCUCAAAUCCCUGCAAGGACAUGUGAGGAUCCACACCGGAGAGAAACCUUAUGUGUGUAAGGAAUGUGGGAAAUCCUACAGUUGUCCCAAAUACUUUAGAAAACAUGUGAAAACACACAGUGGAGUAAAACCCUAUGAAUGUACAGAAUGUGGGAAAGCAUUCAUUACUUCCUCAUCCCUUCGAGAACAUAUGAAAACACACAGUGAAGAGAAGCCCUAUCAGUGUCAGCAGUGUGGGAAAGCCUUCAGGUAUCCCAGAUCCCUGCAAGGACACAUGCUAACCCACAGUGAAGGGAAGCCAUAUGAAUGUCAGCAGUGUGAAAAAGCAUAUAGGUGUCUCAUAUCCCUGCAAAGACACAUGAAGACACACACUGGCGAAAAAUUCUGA